AUAAGCCGUCGGUCUGUUAUUGCGCCGCAGCCACAAUCUUUGCACAGUGCAGGAACCUGGAACCUGGACGUCUGCCGCUCUCAAGACAAUAUCAAACUCCUUUCACAACGCGCUCGACAUAACACCCAACAGCCUGCAAGAGUAGAAAGAAUCAUAUUUGGGCCCAGUCUACAGAGACUGGUCUCAGAUAAUCAACAACUUCAAGACUAGCCGAAGUGCUACUUGUCUAUAACUCUGUCUAUCUGGAUUAUCAAUGAUAAUUUCUUCUCCGUGCGGGUAAAAUGCACGAAGACUGUCUUGUCCGCUUCGAACACCGCGCCGCUCCGACGUGUCCACUGCUCUACUUUGGCCACAGCCGUCCUCUGUAGAACGUCGGUGUUCUCCGCGGCAGAUGGGCCCGUGAUCCAGGUUGUGUAGCCGUCUACGAACGCUAUUGCGCCUCUACUACGAUCGAUCUUCGAUGAGAUAGAAAGAUAAUAGUUAGGAGGGAGGAGACCCGCCUUGGCAUACGGUAGGAGGCACAGCAGAUACGGUCCUUAGCG